UCAAAAUUAAAUCUGCAAAUUAAUGGCUGCUUCAAGUUUAGGACAAGGUGAAACAGCAAUGGAGGAUGUUGGCCAGAGUUCAAGACAAGAUGAUCAGAUAACUGGCGAGGGACAAGGUGAAAUAGCAAUAGCAAUGGAGGAUGUUAGCCAGAGUUCAAGACAAGAUGAUCAAAUAACUGGCGAGGGUGCUCAUGAGAACACUGCAGGAGACACGCGCAUGGAUCCUAUACUAUACAGGUAUGCAACGAUGUCUAAUUCAGGAGUAAUAUACCUCUGUCAAGAGUUUAUACGGGAUAUGCGCACAAGGUAUUUUGCCGGAGCCACAGGUAUUCCUCAUCAAAUAGAAUUGCUGGUCCGAAGUAGUGAAAACAAAGUAAGCAUCCGUGGGAACACGAUGCUUCACCUUGCUGCAAAUACAGGCCACGUGCAGCUUAUUGAACUAAUUACCCGAACUUUUCCGGGGCUUGUCCGCAAAAGAAAUCAUGAUGGAGAACUUCCGCUUCACGUAGCUGCAUCCGCUGGCCAUCUAUCCGCAGUUCGUAAAUUGGUAGCAUGCACAGAGGGAGACACGGCUCAAGGUAAUACGUUUAAUGAAGAGGACGAGAGAGGGAACACUGCGUUGCAUGUCGCUGUGGAAAAUAAUCACCAAGAUGUGGCUAUGUUUUUGGUCGGCGAAGAUGGAUCUGGAUCCACGUUGCAUUCCACAAAUGAAUCCGGAAAGACUCCCUUGUGCAUGGCUGCUGAAACUGCCAAUCUUGAACUUGUUAAAGCAAUGGUAGACAAGACGCCAAAUAGCACAACAGACGCUAAUUCUGGUAAUUUUUGGCAAGGAUCGAACGGCAACUCAAUUCUUCGUAGUGCGAUCAUAUGGAGGAAACAAGCAAAAGGUGGCCUCAAGAAAUAUGAUGCAGUGUUCGUGUUGGUCAUGCUCAUGUUAUGGUAUAUCAACAUUCCACUCUUUGUUUUGCUGGCGGUUGUUUGGGCAUGGGUUACAAGUAUAGCAAAAGGUGGCCUCAAGAAAUAUGAUGCAGUGUUCGUGUUGGUCAUGCUCAUGUUAUGGAAUUUCAACAUUCCACUUUUUUUUGUGCUGGCGGGGGUUGUAUGCUUGAUUGAAGUUUCUCAAUGGUGGCUGCCCAGAACCAACAGAAAGAAGUAUACAAAUAUACCUCUGUCAUUGCUAUUUUCUAUAGCAGUGUUCGCGUUGGUCAUGUCCAUAUUAAUCAAUCUCAUCAAUCCACUCUUUGUGAUGGCGGGGGUUGUAUGCUGGAUAUUUUUUAAGAGUAUAGUUUCUCAAUGGUGGCUGCCCAGAGCCAACAGAAAGAAGUAUACAAAUCUCCUAGAGACGAUAUUGAGCAAAAUGGAUUCAGCUGAUCUCAUCAAUUCAAUGGACCAAGGGUGGAUGUCUCCUCUUACAGUUGCGGCUUAUAUGGAUAACUUUGUGGCGGUACGCAUAUUGUUGCACAAAUUUACUGGAUUGGCAUACAAAGGUGACGAAAAUCAGUUGCUUCCUAUACAUGUGGCGUCCAAAAAAGGCCAUUGCAGGGUUGUUGAAGAGUUUCUCGAUUAUUGCCCCGACUUGAGGGAUCAAGUGACCAUGAAGGCCGGAAUAUUCUUCAUCUUGCGGCCGCGCAUGGAAGAGUUGAUGUUGUCCGAUAUAUUAUUGGAAAGCGCGAUCUUCAAGUGCUUAGCAAGCAAAGAGAUCAAAGUGGAAAUACCCCUCUACAUAUAGCCGUCCAAAACUGGCAUCCUAAGAUCGUCAAAAUUCUUUCCCUCUUCCAUGCGUAUGAGAGAGCCAAUUUAAAUAGUUUGAACAAUGCAGGUGAGACGGCAUUGGACCUUGCAGAGAAGACCGGGGUAGAUAAAGAGAUGU